GAAUUACUGUUAAAAUGUCGUUUAGUUUGAGGGACCGCUUAAACGAACCGCUAAUCGUCUUCCGUAUUUGGUUUUCCGGUGAGGGAGAGCUCAAAACGAAAAUGGAGUCCAGAAAAAGCUGCUGGAUAUUGCUACCCACUCUACUUCAUCCUAUGUCGCCUUUAAAAUUCGAUCAAAGAUCGAGUUCUUGAUUCUCUUUCCGUAGAAAAUAGGCUCUUUAGCUUUGAAGUUCCCAAAUUAGUCCCUUUAUUUUCAUGUCGUUCGGCCCUUCCUUCAUCCUCCGCCACCGCGCCGUGGCCGCCGCCGCCGCCACCCCAAUCCCAGUCUUCGGAAACCUUCUCCGCCGCUUCUCGAUUGCUGCCAGACAGCGAAACCCUAACAAUGUCUCCAAGAAACUGCAGGAAAGACAAGUACCUAAUAAGAAUCUUCUCAAAGCGAAGCACACUUUCAAGGAUUACUCCUCUCUUGCUCCUGUUCUCUCCCGAGAUGACAAUCCCCCUCUCUCGGAAUCCCAGGCCAUCGGUCUCGUUGCCGCUUCUCAUGCCAAUUUCAUGCGCGUCAUUGUCCCUUCUCUCCCCUCAUCGGAAGGUUCCGAAGGUUCCGAUGAGCGUGUUGAACAAUCUUCUCCAUCCUCUCGAAUCGAGUUGCUAUGUUUCGUGAGGGAUUUGUUGAAGAAGAUAAAGAGGAGGGUGAUGGUCGGUGAUAAGGUGUUGGUAGGUUCUAUUGAUUGGGUGGACCGAAGGGGCAUGAUUGAGAAUGUGUUCGAGAGAAAUUCCGAGAUUCUUGACCCUCCGGUGGCCAAUGUGGACCAUUUGCUUGUGUUUUUUUCACUCGAACAACCUAAGCUCGAGCCGUUUGCACUGACUCGCUUUCUGGUGGAGGCUGAGUCGACGGGGUUACCAAUCACGCUCGCACUGAAUAAGACCGAGCUUGUGGAUAAAGAGACUAUAAGUUCAUGGAAGUCUAGGCUACGAAGCUGGGGUUACGAACCAGUUUUUUGCAGUGUUGAAACCAGACAUGGAAUUGAUCUACUUGCAUUCAAGUUAAGGGAUCUAACAACCGUAAUUGUGGGUCCAAGUGGAGUUGGGAAGUCUAGUUUGAUCAAUGCUCUUAGAAGCAACAACAGCUCUGUUUCUAUUGGUACAGACGAGGAUAAUUGGUUUGAACCGAUUUUAGGCAGCAAGUUGUUUGAAAAUCAGCGUGUUGGGGAGGUUUCAACAAGAAGUGGCCGAGGAAGGCAUACAACUCGUAAUGUUUCUCUGCUUCCAUUAUCUGGAGGGGGUCUUAUAGCUGAUACUCCUGGAUUUAACCAGCCUAGCUUAUUGAAAGUGACAAAGCAAUCACUUGCCCAAACUUUUCCAGAGAUUCGGAAAAUGCUUAGUGCCAAUGAGCCUGCAAAAUGUUCAUUCAACAAUUGCUUGCAUCUUGGUGAACCUGGAUGCAUUGUGAAAGGGGAUUGGGAAAGAUAUCAAUACUAUUUUCAACUUGUUGAUGAAAUUAGAGUCAGAGAAGAGUUCCAGCUAAGGACAUUUGGAACUAAAAGAGAAGGAGACGUAAGAUACAAGGUGGGAGAUAUGGGUGUCCAGAAAGCAGAACCACGGCUGGAACCUAAGAAGCAUAGGAGGCAAUCUCGGAAGAAGAUUAACCAAUCACUUUUAGACGAGCUGGAAGAAGAGCUAGAUGACGACGACAAUUUGCUCGAUGAAGAGAAUGAUCCUGUUUUGAGGGCUCUGAAGAAUGAAAACUUGUAGAGCAUGAAACACAACCGCAAUGGGCAUUGUAAAUAUUUCUUUUUGCUAGACCAAGUUGUAAGAAUGAUGUUAACAAAAUCAUUUGUGGACUCCUCUUCACCA